AGCGUUAUAUAGUGUUAGCCAAAGGGCGUUCACGUCCACUAUCGAGUCAACAACGUAACUGGUGUGAGUGUGUUGUACGUUGCCAUGUGUGGAAUAAAUGGGGUUUGUGGUUAUUGUAAAAAGAUUUCAUCUGGUAUGGCUAGGAUGCCGGGAAGAGAUGUAGCCCCACCACCUCCAAUUGAACGGUACAGACACCUCCGCAACCAGGAAACAAGAACAAGAUCGUAUAAAGGAUGGCCGAAAUCAGAUAAAUUAAAAUCGGAAUUGAUUGCUGAUGGGUUUUUUUACCUUGGAGAAAAAGAUAGAGUCCAGUGUGCUUACUGCGGCGGUGUGCUUCACAGUUUUGAAGAAAAUGAAAAUGUGCACAUUGAACAUUAUCGACAUUUUCCUAAAUGUGAAACAUUCGAUGAAACAGACAGUAAAGAUGAAGCUGCUUUAUUUGGACAUGUUCGGACAUGCAUGAGCGAAACACAGACUGAUGGACCCGCAUCUGCAGAUAAUUCAACGUUACUGGAAAAAAUAAAAAGUUUGAAUUUGUCUACAAACACCAAAUGUCCGAGACACAAAUACUAUGCGUUGCUCAAAGACCGACUGAGAACAUUUGACAACCCAAAUUGGCCAGCAAAACAUCCAAUGGAGAAAGAUGUGUUGGCGAAAGCUGGACUAUUCUAUGCAGGUGUCGGAGACCUCUGUGAAUGUUUUUGCUGCGGGGGACAGCUGGAAGACUUUGAGGAAGGCGACAUUCCUGUAGAGGAACACGAUAAAUAUUUCAGCGAUAUCUGUGUUCUUGCAAUGAACAGAUCUAGAAAGACACACUGAGAGUAUUUGACAUAUUUUUUUUGAGGCAUACGCAAAAUCAUUAUAAGUGCAUAAAAGUACUUUUAAAACCAGAUCAGAGUGAAAUAAGAUUUUGAAGUCCUGUUGCAUGGCACGAUGCAGGGCCACAAGUGGAACCAUCGCUAGUUUCAGUCCCGGCACGGGCUCAGUUUUGUAUCCAUGAACAAGAUACUUAACUCCGUUGUGUUUGUUCCAGUCAACUCAGCUGCAAAUGAGUAUGUGGUAGGGCAGUGCAAGAAAUGUCAUCUGUAUGCUGUUAAUGUUGAAAUGACAGCCCCCAGCUGUUAGUGUUGAAAUGGCAGCCCCCAUGGCCAGCUGUUAAUGUUGAAAUGGCAGCCCCAGCUGUUAAUGUUGAAAUGGCAGCCCCAGCUGUUAAUGCUGAAAUGGCAGCUCCAGCUGUUAAUGCUGAAAUGGCAGCCCAAGCUGUUAAUGUUGAAAUGGCAGCCCCAGCUGUUAAUGUUGAAAUGGCAGCCCCAGCUGUUAAUGCUGAAAUGGCAGCCCCAGCUGUUAAUGCUGAAAUGGCAGCCCCAGCUGUUAAUGCUGAAAUGGCAGCCCCAGCUGUUAAUGCUGAAAUGGCAGCCCCAGCUGUUAAUGUUGAAAUGGCAGCCCCAGCUGUUAAUGCUGAAAUGGCAGCCCCAGCUGUUAAUGCUGAAAUGGCAGCUCCAGCUGUUAAUGCUGAAAUGGCAGCCCCAGCUGUUCGUGUUGAAAUGGCAGCCCCAGCUGUUAAUGCUGAAAUGGCAGCCCAAGCUGUUAAUGCUGAAAUGGCAGCCCAAGCUCUUAAUGCUGAAAUGGCAGCCCCAGCUGUUAAUGCUGAAAUGGCAGCCCCAGCUGUUAAUGCUGAAAUGGCAGCCCAAGCUGUUAAUGCUGAAAUGGCAGCUCAAGCUGUAUGCUCCUCAGGGAGUUGAGAAAGGCAUUUGCUGGUCGCUAAAGGCCCCAAAACCACAGAUAAUAAUUUGUAAACCACUUUGAGAUGGCUAUAUAUAUAUAUAUAUUUCUACAUGAUAUAUAGCUGUUGAUAAGAACUUCAAAUUAUUAUGUUAUUCAUUUUGGACAAAAUGAAAUUCGAAACACAAUUAUUUAAUAUUUUAAAUCGUUUUCAACUCUGUUGCAUAAAAAGUGAUCCAUGAUUUUAAAGAUGGUGAUCAUAAAGUUGUAAAAAAAGCACUGUGAAGAAAUUUGGUAAAAAUAUUUUAUCAUUUGCAAGAUCUGUGAUAUCGUGUCAUGCACACUUGUACAAAUUUCAUUCAUCCUAGAAAUAUAGUGACCUAUAUAUAUCUAGCUGUCGCAUCACAAAUGUGUAACAUUUGUUUUUGCCUUCAAAUUAAAUUAAAUGUCUUGAUCUUUUCACCGACUUACUUGACAAUCAAAUGUACUUUAUCCUGUUUGAUCAGGAAAAUGCUCACAUUUGAAUACAAUAGAUUGUUUGAACUUUUAAAAAUAUAUAUUUAUUGUCGUUAUAACUACAAACGCCUGUGUCAUUAUAGAAACCAUCACAAAAUUAAUGUUGUCAUUUAUUGAUGUUGUGUUAUUGGAAUUCAUAUAUUUUUGUUAAUUUAACAUGCCUCUGAAAAUAAUUUAAGGCCUAAACUAGAAAUAUCUGUUUCAACUAACCCUACCGACCCUAUAUUUUUGUGCCUAACCGGAAGUUUCCUUUGUCAUUUUCAAGGAAGGACUAUUCAAAUCAAAAUUGCCUGGCUGAAAUAUAAUGUUUGUAAAUUUCAUAAAGAUACAUUUGGAUCACGCAAUUUUUUUCUGGCAUGUUAGCGGAAACACAUGUAUUAUUUUUUAGGCCUACAGCAAGCCAGUAACCAAUCUAUGUUUAAUGAACUACUGUUAAUUACUGAUUUCCUCAGGAGGAGCAAAAUUUCCUAUUGGUUGAAAUUUCCCUCUGAAGCUAUAGAAUGUUGUUGGGUUUUAUUACAAAAAAUUCACCAUUUUUAAUUUGAUACAUAGCUUUUCCUAAUAGUUCAUUAUUUUUCUUAUAGGUUAAUUUUGUUAUAAAAAAUAUACAAUUUAACCCAAAGUCAUACUUUACUGAAUUUUACAAGAUAAAUCUUUGUGUUGAUCAUCUAUAAUAUGAAGAUAAUCGGAGAAAGAAAUGAUUUCAGUGGCUGUAUGAAUGCGAGAAGAAAUCUUUGUUUAUAAUCUUAAUAUUGAGAUAUCUGAAAAAGAUGCUGGAAGAAAUCUGUCAUCAUCUAAAAUUAGCUUCAUAAUUUAGUUAUUACGGAAAAAUGUAACACAUAAUUGUCCAAUGCACGCGAACGGCUAUUGUUUUUUUUUUGUUUUUUUUUUCAUUGUUUUGUUUUAUUUUAUUGUGCUGUGUUGACAACAUGCAAAUGCAAUAUGCUCACAGAAAAAUAAAAUAUGUACAUAUGAAA